CCCUGCAGUCCUGACACAGAGUCAGCAGUGAGAAGCCUCCUAUGAUCAUCAUCCAGAUCUGUGGAUUGUAUGCACAGGAACCCUUCUUGUUACUCCGUGGAAGAUGAGGACACUAUUUUGAAGCAACAUAGUGUCAGUUCAGCGCACAAGAGGAGCCACCUGGUCUGUGGUUUUAUUUUACAUCUAAUUCAUCCCGUCUGAAGCAACAUGCAGCAGCCUGAAACACAGCAGAUGAGCCAGCAAACAGCCACAGAAACUCUGGAUUCUGCAGGUCUCUACAUACGCAGAGGGAAGACAGCUUUGUGGCUGACUGUGUCUCUGCUGGCUUUGGCGUUGGUGGUCCUGACCAUCGGUCUCAUCUCGGCCACCCGCACCGACAACGUGCCUGUGUCUGGAUAUUACCCCGGCAUCACUCUCAGUUUUGGAGCAUUUCUGGGAAUUGUUGCCAUCCACCUGGUGGAAAACCGCAGACCCAUGCUUGUGGCAGCAAUAAUCUUCAUCAGUAUUGGAGUCAUUGCAGCGUUCUUCUGUGCCAUUGUGGAUGGGAUCAUUGCUUCGGAGUUUAUUGACAUAAGACCCUUGCAGGAGGACAUGUGUGACUAUCACAGCAGUGGAUCGGGAUACGCCUAUGAUAACUACCAUAAUGAGGUGACGUGCCGCUCAUUCAGCAAAGCCUGCAAGAUGAAGGUUAGGAGCAACACCUGCUUCUGCUGCUACCUUUAUAACUGUGAGAGCACAGAGUACCAAAGCCAUUACUACGAGUUCACAGGGGUUGGCAGCUGCUGGGAUGUGAUCCACCUGCACCGGUUGCUGUGGGCCUCGGUGGUGCUGAACGUGGUCGCCUUGUUCCUGGGCAUCAUCGAUGCCGCCGUCCUCGGAGCGUACAAGGACAUGCAGAAGCCCACUCCUCAGGUUGCUCCGAGUGCUGCGCCACACAUCCUGUACAACCCGACUCAGCACAUGCUCUCCUACACGGGCUUCUGUCCCCCAGGACAGGCUCUGCCCGCCUACCCAAACUAUCCUAUUCCCAUGCAGCAUACCAGCAGCUACCAGGCACCUGCUACUCCCCAGAUGAUCCCUGAAGGAGGCUCUGGCGUCUGCCCCUCUGAGGAGAGCCAGAACCAGCAGCCCACCCAGGUUCCCACACAGCCACAGCCUCAGGGAGCCACCCAGGACCCAGGAGGCUACAUGCUGACUCCCAACGCUCCCAUCCUGUACGGAUCCUCCUACAGCCCCUUCGAGAAGCCCCCGCCGUAUGCCUGCUGAAGCGAAGUGGGGGAGGCAGAGUUGCAGAAGGAUGUCUUCACCUGGUUCAGGCUGAAUGUAGCACAAGACCUUUUGUAGGCUGACUUUGUAGAGAGAUAACUCACUGCAUUUCAGUUCUGUGUUUGCUGUUGUGGGUUUUAACUGAGCUCAGACACAGAUUGAUAGACGUAGAAUAUCUUUAUGUAGAAACAAAUUAUUUCCAGUGGUGUUCUUUGAGGAAAUCUGCUUAUUCAUCUUUUUGUGGCGUUAGAUUAUGAUUGGUCACCCAUUUAUCAGCUUGGUAUACUGAUACAAGAAUACACACUCAUCCCUGCAGUUGGUUUAGAUCAGCCAAAACAUGGAGAAAACCCAAACAUGUAAAAGAAGAGGAAGCAAACUCCUCAGAAAGGCUCAAGCUGACACUAAAAUAUGGGAUUUUAUUUAUGAAAGAAUGCAGCAAAUCACAUUCCUAUUAUGACCAUAUCCUCUCACUUCCCUCUUAAUUUAAAAUUAGUCAGGCUCUGAGAAUGCACCUUUAAAACAAAGCACAGCGUUAAAAUAUCAAAAGCACCACUUUUGUUCACUAAGAUAUAAAAGAAGUGAAGCGUUUUUUUAUGUUUUUUAGUUUAAAUUGAAGACAGAAAUCCAAAUAAAAGGCUGUGGGGGUCCAGAUCAUAUCUGCUAGCCAGCAUCCUGUGCUAAUAAAAUUAUUACAACAGCUUUAAGGCGAGUAAGCAAAUUUCCAGUAGCGUUAACUUGUUUAUGUCUAGAGUUAAGGGUUAGAGUCUAGGUUCCUGAUAGAACCUCAUAAUUUACUGGAUUAUAGAACUGAUCUGGUCUAUCGCAUGUAGAUAAAACAUGUGGAGAUAUCUAUAUUAAAUUAAAAGGGCUUUCUUGAAAUGUGAAAUUAAGAUUAGAUGAUGUUCAUGUUACUCUUUAUUUAUGUUUGUGUUUAUUAUUAAAUGUGCACUUAGUCAAUAUAAUGUAUACAUUAUUGAUGAUGUGUGUAAAAUGUUGGGAUUAUCUGCUGCUAUGCAACUUGUACUGUUUUAACCUCAGACCUAUACAUAUGUGUGGUAAGGGCUUUGAAAAAGAUCAAAUUCUAGAUUUUGGAAAAUACACCCGUUUUCUGGUUUCAAUCAAGCUACGUUCGUGCUAGAACGGUGCAUAGGGUGACAUCUAAAGUAAAAGAAUUAGGCAUGUCCCUAAAACAGUUUUACUAGAGAACAAGUGGAAAGGAGAUGCGAUAACCAUACGUAAACACAUUCCCAGAGUGUUAAACAAUCUGCCGUCCUGUAAGGAAAAUAUGUGUAUUUCCCAGAAAUGUCUUUUUUUUUUUCCCUUUGGAGUAUCAGCAGGACUACUGUGAGUCAAACAGCUACUAGAUGACUCCUGUUUAGUUUCAGCAGCUGUACGUUUAAAAAAAAAAAAAGAGAAUAGAAAUAAUCAUGUUGAAGUAAAAAGCAAUAAAUAUGGUUCUGCAACUCA